CUCUCUCUCUGCGUCCUCUUCAGGUGCGAUCACAUGCGGGCGGUAUUAUCUUUUUAUUUUUUAUUUUUUUGCGACAGUGGAUAUGUAAUUGAGAGUUUUGUGGGUUAGUGGGUAAGCGAAUUGGGUUGUGCUGACUUGGGAGAUUUCUUUGCAAGCCAAACGGUGAUGAUUGGGCAAAAAAGGAUGGGCCGGGCUUCACCUUUGUUUCUCAUUCUUCUCGCACUCGGGUUCUUCUUCGCAACAUAUAACUUGCUGACCAUGAUAAUCCACAACAGAGCCAGUGUUUCUGGGAGAGAAAGGAUAGAUGGUUUGGAUGGGUCUUUAUCGCUUGAUCCUGUCAUUAAGAUGCCUAGAGAUGUGAAGAUAUCAGAGAAUAACAAGUUGCCUUUUCACGUCGCACUCACGGCGACUGAUGCUCCUUAUAGCAAAUGGCAGUGCCGGAUAAUGUACUAUUGGUAUAAGAAGGUGAAGGAUAUGCCUGGUUCUGAGAUGGGUGGGUUUACGAGGGUUCUUCAUUCAGGAGCGGCAGAUGAUCUGAUGGAUGAGAUCCCGACUUUUGUUGUUGAUCCUCUUCCGGCGGGUAUGGAUCGGGGUUACAUCGUCUUAAAUAGACCAUGGGCCUUUGUGCAAUGGCUGGAAAGAGCAACAAUUGAAGAAGACUAUAUACUUAUGGCGGAACCAGAUCAUAUAUUUGUUAAUCCUCUGCCAAACCUAGCCCGUGGAGAUUACCCAGCAGGGUUUCCGUUCUUCUAUAUUAAACCUGCUGAACAUGAGAAAGUUGUAAGGAAAUUUUACCCAGAAGAGAAGGGCCCUGUUACAAACAUUGACCCCAUUGGAAAUUCUCCGGUCAUUAUCAAGAAGUCCCAGCUGGAGAAAAUCGCCCCUACAUGGAUGAAUGUUUCAAUGAGAAUGAAAGAUGACCCAGAGACUGAUAAAGCUUUUGGAUGGGUGCUAGAAAUGUAUGGAUAUGCUGUUGCAUCCGCCUUGCAUGGUGUGCAGCAUAUUCUUCGGAAAGAUUUUAUGUUACAGCCCCCUUGGGAUUUGGAGAUUGGAAAGAAGUUUAUAAUCCAUUACACUUAUGGUUGUGAUUAUAACUUAAAGGGUGAGCUUACAUAUGGGAAAAUUGGUGAGUGGCGCUUCGACAAAAGAUCAUAUCUUCGUGGUCCUCCACCAAAAAAUCUUCCUUUGCCUCCUCCUGGAGUUCCUGAAAGUGUGGUUACUCUAGUAAAGAAGGUGAACGAAGCAACGGCGAACAUUCCUGGAUGGGGGGACGAUGGAAGAUAACGACAAGAGGCAAAAUAAAAAAGAAAAGAAAAGAAAGAGAAAAAGAAAACACAAGUCCAAUGAUCGAACUAUUGGGAAAUUUCCAGCGUACAGAAACUUCGACAUUGCAUACACAGAAAAUUGAAAUCCAGAGCAAGGCGCACGUGCCCUUCCUAGGAAGAAGAUUGAACUGUAAAAGAAAAAACCGAGCAUUUGCUUUUCAUGGAGACUGUUUCCUAAUAAGGAAAUCCACCAUUGUUAGCAUUUGAAAUUAAUGAGCAUCACCUGAUCACCGAGCUGGUUGUGAUUUUUCUUUAUUGAUAUUUCUCUUUUUUGACAA